AACCAGGAAAAAAAUAUACAUACUUUGCCUGUGGUACGUAGUGAAGCAUCAAAAUAAAAUCAACUUUCUAUCGAUAUAUUGUAGUGAAACCGAGUUAAAAUAAUUACAAUCGUUUUUAAGAAAAGAACCGUGUUCAAUCAUCGCAACGAAAUUCAAGAAAUUUAUUGCUGGCGUUCAAAAAAUUAACUACCAAAAAUAGAAAUUCAUGCGAAAUUGUGUCAAUUAUGUCACUGCAAAACCAUAAAAAAACAUAACCAUAGAAAAAGAGAAAUAGUGAAACAAGUCUGGAGAGACUACGUUCAUACAGCUAGCUGAAAAGUGUUUUUAUCUCACAAACUCCAUUAUUUUAUUGACCUGUUUUGAAUUUGAUUGCUCGAUUUAUUUCUUUUUAUCGAAGAACAAAAGUGUUUUCAUUUCCUUAGGAAAUUGUGUUGUUCAAUUUGAAAGUGUGCAUACGUGCAAAAGAAGUGGAAAAAAAAACAACAACUUCAACAUAAAGUGAGAACUGAACAAACAAAGUUGUAUGCGUUGUGUAUAUAAAUACUCACUCCAUACGAAACACACGACGACUAAUUUCGACGCAAUAAGAGAUAUUUUUUUUUUGUCUUGCUUUCGUCAAAUUUUUUCCAUACGCUUCUGUUGUGACUCGAUAUUUUCGGUGUGAUUUUAAAUUGUGAAGAAUAAAACGAAAUAAAUUUUACAUUCAUAAAUAAGUAAAUAUAUUGAAUUUGCUUAGAAGAAAGAAAAAACUUGUGACGAAAAAAAAAAAAUCUAGACAAAUCCAAAGUAAAGGACAAAUUAAAACAUAGAAAAGUCAAAAUAUCCAUAUAUAUAAAUAUAUAUAUCUCUAUCUCAGCGAAUAUUUGUGUUCACAUAAAAUAUUUAAAAUAUAUACAUAAGCAUAGAAAAAAAAGCAACAAACAAGACGUCAAGGAAAGCCACCGCAGACAAAACUUAUGCUAAAUAAGUGGAAUAUCAGUAUUCAACAAAAGCGACAACAACAAAAUAAAUAACAAAAUUGAAAAGCUUUUCUAAGUGUUUGCACCAUUCAUUUCAAUUUUCUCAGACUAUAAUAAUAAUUCGAGUGUGGAACACUUUGCGAUCAAGUCGAUUUACGCAAUACCAAAAUACACUGGGAAACAUUUCAAACUUCGCACGCAAAAUUUCGCCACCGAGAAAAAUUCUCUCAUUUUACACCGAAGAAUAUCGAACAGUGAAUUUAUGUCAGCAUGAGCUCUGAUCCUAGUCCAGCAACAUUACAGCAUUCUUCAUCAACGGAAACGGAAAAGGUAUUUCAAUGGAUCAACGAAUUAUCGAAUCCGGAUACGCGCGAAACCGCUUUAAUGGAAUUGAGCAAAAAGCGUGAAACUGUACCAGAUUUAGCGCCGAUGCUAUGGCAUAGCUUUGGCACAAUCGUUGCAUUGCUACAAGAGAUCAUCAAUAUUUAUCCAUCAAUUAAUCCGCCCACACUAACUGCCCAUCAAUCGAAUCGUGUAUGCAAUGCGCUUGCAUUAUUGCAAUGCGUUGCAUCUCAUCCAGAGACGCGAUCCGUUUUCCUUAAUGCUCAAAUUCCAUUAUUUUUAUAUCCAUUUUUAAAUACAACAUCCAAAACGCGACCAUUCGAAUACUUGCGGCUCACUAGUCUCGGUGUCAUUGGCGCUCUUGUCAAGACUGAUGAAGAAGAAGUGAUCACAUUUUUGCUGAGCACCGAAAUUAUUCCACUCUGUUUACGGAUUAUGGAAUCUGGAUCAGAGCUGAGCAAAACUGUAGCCACAUUCAUCUUGCAGAAGAUCUUGCUCGACGAAAAGGGCCUAUCGUACAUUUGUCAAACGUUUGAACGUUUCUCGCAUGUCGCUAUCAUUUUGGGUAAGAUGGUCAUUCAUUUGGCCAAAGAGCCAUCUGUUAGGCUAUUAAAGCAUGUGGUUCGUUGUUAUUUGCGUUUGUCAGAUAACCAAAGAGCAUGUGAGGCCCUUCAGCAAUGUUUGCCCGAUCAACUUCGUGAUGCAACUUUUGCUGUAUCUUUGCAAGAGGAUAAGUCAACAAAGCACUGGCUGUCUUUAUUGAUUAAGAAUGUGGACACAUAUUCGAUAAAUCCACGACAAGUUGGCAUAUCGCCAUUGGCCUCAUAAAAAUUUUCCGCUGAUAUUCUCCAUUUUGAACACGAAAUCAAUUCUACACAUAUGUGGUAGCAAGCGACAAAUUUAUCAUGGAACCAUGUUGUAAAAUUUGAGAUUUUAAGAACAAAAAGAACCGGAAAAGAACACAAUUGAAAUGAAACACUCAUCUGCAUUAAAGAAAAUUAUUGAUUCGUACAAUAUACAAAUGGCAUUACAAAUUAGAUGGCUUUGAAUAAUGUUUACUAUUGAGACUGCAUCAGAAUGAAAAAAAAAUCAACAACAAAAAAUGAUACAUGUUAAAAAGAAAACACAAAAUUAUUUAGAAAAAAUAAAUUAGAAAGAAAAAUGCACUAGAUACAAAUGGUACCUAAAUUUAAAAAUUUGAAAUUGUAAUGGUUAAUAUAUUUUCGUGAUUUCAUUGGGCCAAGAUGUUGGCCAAUCAUAUAUAUAUAUAUAUAUUUUAUCUCAAAUGGAAACCAAACAAUGUAAAACAAAUAAUAGUGAAUCGAAGUCGACCACAUGUGUGAAAUUUAACGUUAGAAUCCACUCACACACACACACAUACACAAAAUCUUAACUUAAAAUUUAUAUAAUGAACACCUAGCGUGAAUAUGGAUUAUGAUUGCUCUGCGAUGUAAUACUAAAUUUUACUAAUAUAAAAUACAACUUAAACUGUUUCUUUUACGUUUUAGAUUAAGAGCAACAACAAAACUGGAAAAACAAUGUUCUUAGUAUAUCCAAAAUGCAAGUUUAUUAGCACUUAAAGAAAAAAAGAAAAAAAAACAGAAAAAAAAAACAGAAAAAAAACAACAAUUUAAUGUAAUAUUUAACCGAGAUAUGGAAAAAUACAUGUAAAUUAGCCCUUAAGCUUACUACAAUUUCAGUACAUUUUGUAAAUUAAUAGAAUUAUUUUAGAAACUAACAAAAACAUAUUUUAUAUUGAGGAAUUACCGACAAACAUUUGUU